CGGCGCCUCUACUGACGUCACUUUCAUGCGCCGGGUUGACGGUCAUGGCGACGUGCUCGGAGGUAAAGGGAAUUAUUUACAGCAAAAUUCGUGCUGAUGCAGGAGACCAGUCAUAUCUUAAGCUCCCAGAAGGCAAACAGUCUGCAAAGUUCGUCGCAUCCUUUCUCAAAUCCAGUUUACCGCAGUUAAGCCCUGAGGAAGUUAAGAAUUAUUUGUAUAAAAAUGUUACUCUUGUUGGUGUUACAAAAAAGCUCAAGAAAAAGAAGAGGAAAACAAAGUGUUUGUCUGCCAAAGAGAGGCGGGAAUUGAGGAUAUUUGAGCUCAAACCAGAACAACAAAGGUAUGAAUUGUUUCUCCCUUUGCAUGAGCUGUGGAAGCAAUACAUUCGAGAUUUAUGUAAUGGCUUGAAACCUCAAAUGUCUACCAAUAUGAUCCAGACAAAGCUGAUGAAGGCAGACUUUCAUGGAGCCAUUGUGACAGUGGUGAAGUCCAAAUGCCCCUCUUAUGUAGGGAUUACUGGAAUUGUCCUACAGGAACUGAAACAUAUAUUCAAGAUUAUCACUGUGGAAAAUAAGCUUAAAGUUAUUCCAAAGCAAAAUAACAUCUUCAGUGUGGAAAUCGAUGGCUUUGUCUCCUAUAUCUACGGCAACAUGUUUCAACUGAGAUCAAGUGAACGUUCUGUGAAGAAGUUUAAAGGGAAAGGAAGCAUAGACCUUUAAGACAAAGGCAGAGCCACUGAUGCACUUUACCAACUACAGUAUUGACACCUUGAUUCAACUUCACAGGAAACAAUGGAACCCUGCAUGUCUGGCUCAACCAGUGUGAAUAUGAAAUGACUGGGAUUUUUUAAACCUAGUAUAACAAUCUAUAAAAUUCUUACAUUUAAAUACUGAGCAAUGAAAGGAUUUGCCACAACAUUAUAUAAACAUGUUCUCAUUUGCCAUCUUUACAGACUGAGUGAAUGCAGAUUGAAAAUAUUUUUUUACUCUGGUAUCAGUAAAGUUUAUCAUAAUAUGCAGCGGCAGAAAUUAAAUUAGUUGUAUUGGCAGUUCCAAUCACUUGCAUUAUGUAUCUUUAGCAAAUAUGUCCCAGUGCACUUCACAGCAAAGAAGAAAUACAUCUCAGACCAAUAAAGGAAUCAUUAGGAGGUUGACCAUAAAUUUGGUUAGGAUUGUGUUUUAAAGAGGUUUUUAAUAUUUAAUAAGGAAAUUAAAAGAGGUGCAGAGUGAGGAUUCCCUGGAGUACUGCAAAUUUGAAGUUAAGACUGUUAAUAGGUUAAAAACACAGGGUUGGAUGGAGUUUGAAGUUGGAGAAACUGUGUUCAGGGAAGUAUCUGACCUGGGAGGAGUUUCUAAAAUGGAGAGGAUCAAGGAUGAGGAGGAAUUUAAUUACUUUAAAACCGAGGCAAUGAUCCAUGAAAACAGUGAACAUCAGGGAGGACGGGAACAAUGAGUGGGGCUGGUUUAGGUUAGAAUGUGGGCGACAACAUUUUUUUUGAUAGGUUGUAGUCCAGAGGCUGGAGGAGAAGAGGAUGCCAAGAGGAACCACAGAGCAGGUUUGAAAGUGACAACAGUAGCUGGUGGUUUCAGUAUCAGAUGGAUAAUGUUACAGAGGUGGAAGUCUUCGUGAUGGAGAUGAUAGAGAAUCCAAAGUUUACUGUGUCAAGUAGAAUAUUGAGACUGGGAAUAGUAGGGGGUUCAGCCUCAAAUGUGACAUGAGGAGAUCAUGCUUCAGGGAAAGACAGUGUCACUGCUGUUGCUGAGUACGUUGUGAGUUAUGAAUCAUUUCAGUGAUGCAAUGCUUUUGUCUGACUUCAAGGCAUGGAGAAUAACUUUCCAAAAACCAAGCUGUUUCACCUCGACUUUUUACUGCAAUUAGCAAAAUUUUACUGCAUCAUUAGCAAAAUAGGUGUUACGAUAAUAAAAGGUUCUUCUUUCGUUGCCUUUCAACAAAAUGAUUAUUUGAUGAGAACAUUUGCAUCCUCAUUGCGAAGGGAAGUUUCUGAGCUGGUUCAUUGUCAUAUUUGCCAAAGGAUUAUAAAUGCACAAGUCUGAGAGAAAUGGACAGGUCAAACCGAGCACUAAAAAUCAUAGCAGUUUAUGAAGAAAAACUUUAAAAAGAAUUGAAAUUAAGGCACUGCUGAAAUCAUUAACAGGCACCUUUGUAUUACAUGAAAUGCUGCUGAGUGAAGAUGUAAUUUCAUAGUAAGAACAUUGUGAUGUUUGAUAAUUGAUCGUAAUGUGGAUGAGUGAAAAUAUGCUGGCAGAGUAAAGAAUUGUCGACACUACACAGAACCAGUUUAUGUUUAUGGUCUGUUAAGCACUUGGAUGUUCCUGUAACAGGAUGAAGCCCAUAAGUGAUAUCCAACUGAAAGGUAAACAAGAAUACUGGAUCAAAAUGCUUUCAAAAAUGACAUCAUCAUUUGGCAUUGCACGAUGAGUUUAAAAGUAGGAUAAUUUCCACAUUUGAGCUUGCUCAUGUGAAGUCAGAAUCAGGUUUAUUAUCACUGACAUAUGUCGUGAAAUUUGUUGUUUUGCGGCAGCAGUACAGUGCAAGGCAUAUAUUCCACAUUAUGUUUUUAUAAUGUAUUGAGAAUUGUCAGGUAUGUCUUCGGCAAAUAAAUUUAACCCGUAGUCAGGCCAUUGCUUUUAAAUACCUGGUUCUGGUACCAUAAAUGAUAAGCUUUUGGCAAAUAUGAAUAAUAUGUAACUAGGAACACUGAAUGAAGAUAAGAUUAAGUAUUUUUUUUAGAAUUUGUAUUGCCUGGGGGCCUGAGGUGCACUCACAGUAAAAUGGCCAGAAU